UACAACAGCACAGGUGGGUCAGUGUCUUCUCCUUUAGGGGCUGGGCUGGUUUUCUUGGCGAUUUAAAAGGAACACUUCCCUGCUCAUCCUUCCCCCUCCAUUCAUCCAACCAACACACUCUUUCGCAAUUGCAGUAAAACCACCACUGUCUCCUUCCUUCUCCACAUUGCAAACCACCAAGAAACAAGCAUCCAAGCCUACGCCUACUCCUUCAGAGUUUCAUCAGACAUGCAGCAAAACUGUGCAGCCAAUUUAGCAUGCCUCCCUGGCUUCGACUUGGCCAGCCUUUUCCUACCACAGAUUCAGAAUGAUCCUAUCUAUGAUUUCAGCUCGUUCGACAUGGUCGAUCUCGAUCCAUACCCAUACACAUACAGCUGCAAUGGCAGCGUCGCCACCACCGUGAGCUCGGUUUCUGCCGCGGCGGCGGCGGCGGACGACCACCAGGAGAGGCGUGGCAACGACGAGAGGAAGAAGAGACGGCUAGCGUCGAACCGUGAGUCCGCGCGGAGGUCGCGCGUGAGGAAGCAGAGGCGCCUGGACGAGCUCUCAUUGCAGGUCGCCGAGCUCCUGGGCACCAACCACAGGCUUCUUGUUGAGCUCAACCACGUGAUCGCCAAGCAUGCUGCCGUGGUUCGUGAGAACGCCAAGCUCAGAGACGAAGCUGCUGGCCUGCAGAGAAAGCUCAGCGAGAUGGAAGUGGGAGGAGUGGGAGAAGCUGAAGCUGGAGCUGGAGCUGGAGCAGGGACACCUGAGAUGGCUUAGUUUGAGAAAUACCGUGCCUAGUAGCCUUGUAGUAUAGUACUGUUGAGUAUACGUAGAUAAAUACUACUUACUAAUUACGGUACUCCAUUUGUGCAAGAAGGAGCAUAUGAGUACAUAGGAGAUUAUUACUUGCUGUAUCCAUAUUCUUUCAUGGAGCCUUUUCUUUUACUAAUAUGAGUUGGUAAAAUCUAAAA